AGGGUCGACAGUUGACUGCGGCGUUUGGCAGUUGGCGGUUUUGUUUCCCUGAGGCGCUCUUUUUGCGUUCUACCUCGCUCACCAUGUCUGGCCGUGGCAAGACUGGCGGUAAGGCCCGCGCUAAGGCCAAGUCGCGCUCGUCCCGCGCCGGCCUCCAGUUCCCCGUGGGCCGCGUCCACCGGCUGCUGCGGAAGGGUCACUACGCUGAGCGCGUGGGUGCUGGUGCGCCGGUCUACCUGGCGGCCGUGCUGGAGUAUUUGACCGCCGAGAUCCUGGAGCUGGCGGGCAACGCGGCCCGCGACAACAAGAAAACGCGCAUCAUCCCCCGCCACCUGCAGCUGGCCAUCCGCAACGACGAGGAGCUCAACAAGCUGCUGGGCGGCGUGACGAUCGCGCAGGGCGGCGUCCUGCCCAACAUCCAGGCCGUCCUGCUGCCCAAGAAGACCAGCGCCACGGUGGGGCCCAAGGCGCCGGCGGGUGGCAAGAAGGCCACCCAGGCCUCGCAGGAGUACUGAGUGCGGCCGCCCGGUCCUCCCCAUACCGCCACAAAGGCCCUUUUCAGGGCCAGCACGUCCCUCACGAAAAGAGCUGAGGCACUCCGGGUGCGGGCGGGCCGAGCCCCCUCCCUGGUCCCCAUCCCCAUGCCUCGCGGCCUCCCCUCCCCCCGGGGCCGCGGCAGCACCUUCUAGAAGUCUUGGCCUCCCGUGGGGCUGAGGUGGGCCAUCAAGGCUGAGAGGCGGCCGGCACACCGAAAGGCGAGUCCUCCGCAGCUGCCGCCCGCACGUCUUCUCCUGCUCGGUGCUUAGCCCUUGCCAGGACUUGACAGAAGUGACCGGCUCCCCAGACUUCGAUGGAGGAGAAAUGGGUCACUUUGGUCCUCAGUCCCGCCCUUCCAGGUCCCCGGGCUUUCAGGUCAGCGCCCCCCAUCUUCAUUCUUAGCCGUGGUGCGGCCAGGUCAAAACACUUAGGAACGGCUUUCCCACGCCGUCUGGGAAGACGUUCCGGAGAGGCGAGGCCUGCAGCUCGGGUUCCCAGCUGACUGGACAGCGGAGUUGCGUUCCCGCCGAAGGAGAUUGGCAGCGGGCCUAGCCAUCCCCUUUCCUCCAGAUACUACUCGUCGACCCGAGCACCCAGAUACCAGCACAAGUCAGUGAACCCCAGUCUGGACUGAGCCUCUGGCUUUGAACUGGAAUUUUGCAGCUAACCCAUCCUAGACUAGAACCUUAGGUAUUGGGGAGUUUAAAUGGGCUAAUUUUGUUUAUUAAAGGAUCGUUUGGUUGUUUUUUUUUAAA